GCCGUUGAAGAUGGAGCUGCAUACACAACAAUUCACCCAGCUGGGUUUGAUGUAAAAUGAAGAUAUUCUUGAAUAGCUAUUAAUUUGGAGGUUUUGAGGAGGACGAUGUUAAAAUUCAUUGUGCAUGUUUGGAUUUUAUGGUGGCUUUUUGAAGAUGUUUUCUCUGAUGGAGACGUCACCGGAUGUGAACAGCAGCCAUGCCAAAACGGUGGUGUGUGUGAGAGUCACUUAGGCAGUUUUAGAUGCCUUUGUUCUCAGCAAACCCUACACGGACCUCUUUACGGGGGACAGACCUGCACUGUUGCACUUUCGGGCUGCGAUGACAACCAAUGCGAUAAUGGUGGAAUUUGCUCACCCUUACUUAUAAAUGGGAAACACACUUACACGUGCAUCUGCCUUGUCGGCUUCUCGGGCUCCAAAUGCCAGACCUCCACUGUCUUUUCAUUUGAGAGCCAAGGUUACAUGUACAUAGAGACUCGUCUUGUAGACCCAGAAGCCCCUCUGAAUGUUACACUCAGCUUCCGGACAGAAGGACUUGUUGGGACUCUCUUGCAACGCAAAGUGGAUGGACUCCUUCUUAGCAUUGAGAUAACGGAUGGACAACUGUGCCUCCGCAGUCUCAAAAACCAAGGUUCCAGCACACUGGUUCAGCAGCUACCUGAGUUUAUCUCCAACAACAAAUGGCACACAAUGGAGGCCUCACUUGGCGGAGUGGUCAGCCUGAUCCGGCUCCUCUGUACAGAGGGAAACUGCGCUAGGGAAAGCAAAACCGAGGUCCAAGUUCUCGAGGCAGCCUCCGCUCUCCCCCAACCUGGGAAAGUCCGUCAAAGCCUCUUCAUAGGAGCGGGUCCAGGUUACAGAACAGAACCCCUGCAUGCAUUUCUGGGCUGCAUGAGAGAUGUGUUUGUGGACUCCCAUCUGGUGGCGGCAGUUACUUCGGCCAAGUUUUCCGACGCGCAGGUUAACGUCACCAUGGGAUGCAAUGAUAACGACAAAUGCGACGAAGGACCUUGCCAGAACAGAGGCCGCUGCGUGAGCCAGGGCUGGAGGAGUUACAUGUGCGAGUGCCAUAGACCUUAUGAGGGCGGCAAGUGUGCAGACGAAUACAUCACCGCAAGGUUCGGGAACAAAGACUUGGAAAGUUAUGCCGUCUUCUCCUUAGACGACGACCCUGGUGAGACUUUGACUGUGUCCGUGUUCAUUCGAACCAGGCAACACAGAGGCCUCCUCCUGAUCCUGGCCAACAGCACCAGUCAGUACCUCCGGCUCUGGCUGGAUCAGGGCAGAGUAAAAAUUCAAAUCAACAACUUUGAGACCCUGCUCGGUCAAGGUGCGGUCAAUGACGGCCAUUUUCAUCUGGUGACCGUGAAGCUAGAUGGUCCGGAAGGAACUUUGAUCCAGUCGGCCCAGAUUCAAGACUCUCGACCCGUAAGGCACAUCUGGGCCCAUCAUGGGGAUCAGGUCUUUGUGGGUGGACUAGCAGACCCAAGGGCCUCAGCCACAUUUGGAGGCUACUUUAAAGGAUGUGUCCAAGAUCUGAGGAUGAACAAUAAACGACUGCAGUUUUAUCCCAUAACAACUUCAGUGGAAUCGUACAAAUUGGAACAGAUGAUUAGUGUUGCGCCAGGAUGCAGCAGUGACAAUGUCUGUGUGGUUAACCCCUGUCUCAAUGGGGGUGUGUGUUACUCCAUGUGGGAUGACUUCACCUGUAACUGCCCACCCAACACGGCCGGGCAGCGCUGCGAGGAGGUGAAAUGGUGUGAGCUGUCGCCCUGUCCCGCCUCCACUGUAUGCCAGCAGAACUCGCAGGGCUUUGAAUGUAUAGCCAAUGUAACAGUUCGUCCAGAGAGUGGAAUUUUGCACUACCGGAACAGUCGGAACAACAACCGCACAGUCAGCUUCACCAGUAUCUCGUUCAGCUUCCGCACAAGACAGACUGCUGCUACCAUAUUGCAUGCCCAAAGGGGCUCCAAAUACAUCACCAUCUCCCUUCAGGACUCCCGUGUGGUCGUGGACGACAACAACUCUCCUGAGAUGAGUGUCCAGAGUGAAGGUCCAGUCAAUGAUGGAGAGUGGCAUUCUGUGAGUCUCAGCAUGGACGAUUCAACUUCUAGGUGGAUCAUGAAUGUGGAUGGAAGUAAAGCAGAAGUAUCCAAGUUAGGUGUUGGGGACUUGGAUUUUCUUCGGGAGGGAACAGAUAUCUUCCUAGGGGGGCUGAGCCUGGACUCUCCUGUGAGUUUCUCUGGAUGUUUGGGCCCUGUAGAAAUUGGAGGACUUCUUCUUCCUUUACACUUGGACACAGAGUUGAAACUUCUCAGGCCUCAGGAAGAGCAGUUUCUGCAGUUGAACGUCAAUGCCGGUCCACACUAUGGCUGCUGGGGGGCAAGCGUGUGUGAGCCGAACCCUUGUCAGAACCAGGGUACGUGUGAGGAUCUGUUCGACCUGCAUCGCUGCAAUUGUCCCUCGACGUGGACCGGUCUGUUGUGCCAAGAACCGAGCGACACCUGCCUGGCCAAGCCGUGCGUUUAUGGAAACUGUAGCAACAUUCCUGGGGGGUACCAGUGUGUGUGUGAGCAAGGGUACACGGGAGCACAGUGUGAGGUGGAAGUGGAUUUUUGUGAGAAUAGCAAUUGCAGCAAUGGUUCAACAUGCCUCAAAGGAGUCCAGAGCUACUCGUGCCUCUGCCCUCAGAACCUGACCGACCAAUAUUGCAAUGUGAAAAUUCCUGAGAUCCCAUGGUACAUCGAGACAAACCCUCUUCCUAUGCUGCCUGCAUCAAAAUGUAUUGGUACGAGAGGGAACUUCAGCUGCUUUAAUGGAGGGAAUUGCUCCGUGGUGGACGACAACUGUCUCUGCCUGCCUGGCUUCUCAGGACAAUGGUGUGAGAAGGACGUGGAUGAAUGUGCCUCCGACCCGUGUAUGAACGGCGGUUUCUGCCUGAACUACAUCAACAGAUUUGAGUGCGUUUGUGAUUUGAACUACUCGGGUAUCCACUGCCAAAUUGACAUCAGCGACUUUUACAUAUACGUCUUCCUGGGCCUGUGGCAGAACCUGUUCCAACUGGCGUCCUACCUCAUCAUACGACUGGACGACGAGCCUGAAAUCGACUGGGGGUUCCAAGUUAAUGAUUAGCUCAGAUUUCUGUUAAAAAGUAUGAAAUGCAAAAACAGAAGAGGGGGAAAAACAAGAACUUAGGGCUGGCUGAUAUGGUCUUAAAAUAGUCUUAUUUUUUACCUCCGCAAAGAUCAGAUUUCCGAUUUUAAUAGACCCCCACCCUUCUCUUAUAAAAUAAAAAAACAAAAAAAACCGACAUGUUUGGCGUUUCCCCCCCCUCUCUCCUUACUCUUAAUCAUUUAAUUUCUCAACCAUACAAGAACCACAGUCAAGCUUUCUGGCUUUUUCCCCAUUUAAGUGUGUUCAAUUUCCCUGAAUAUCUUUUUCAACUUUCAACGUAACGAUUGCAAUCAGAAUUGGGGAAAUUCUUAAAAUGCUCAGGUUCACUCUCUGAAAAAUUGUAGUAUAUACAGUAGAUGUGGUCAGUAAUAGAAAUAUGUCUGUUGUAAACACAUUAAUUUGCAAAUGACUAUUCCAUACUACACAUUUCAUUUACUGUAAGUGUGGUUAUCAUACUGAAAAGGACAGUGUGUGUGUGUUGUGCCUUAGCUCCUCUUUUGAAUGUGGAACACUGUUUUGUGAUGAAAAAAAUAAUAAUCUCAAAAC